AUGGCCAGCGCGGUAAUUGACCGACGUGGAAUGCUGGUAAAGGGUGUGGUGGUGACAGUGCACGACCUGUAUGGAGGACUGCUACCUUUGCUACCACUGGAGUAUUAUUUGCAAGCGUUUCGUAACUUUUAUAUACAGCCCUUCCGCUAUCACCCGCGGACGGAGGACCUCGCCACCUCGGGCAAAAAGCUAGCUCAGUUCUUAAAGAGCCAAAAGCCACAUACGACAGACGAAGCAAUUAAUUUCGUGACUCAUGGAUACGGCGCGUUAGUGCUGCGCGAAGCAUUUCGAACGGUAAAUUGGAACGAUACCAAGUCCAAAGUAGUCAUGCUGGCACCGCCUAAUCGCGGGAUUCGAUACCACAAGAUAAUGAAGAAACAUCUUGGAUUUGCAGGAUAUGGAGGUGUAGCAGCGCAAGAGUUGGCAAUGUUAAGUGCCAGAGCGUUAGAUGAGCGACUUGGAAAACUCCCGCAGAGAUGUUAUCCAUUAAUACUUGCUGGGAAACUGUGUCUCAAUCCAUUCAACCAGCACAGUUACCCAAAUGACGGCCUUGUUAUGGUUGAAGAAACUAUGAUGCCAGGAGAGGUUCGGCACGAGAUUAUUGGCACACCGCACUAUUUAAUGCCAUUGCACCCUACAGUCGUUGAGCGAACACAGUCGUUUAUGGAAUCCUGA